AUGGACAAAGUGAUAUCAAUUGGCACUCAACUACCUAAGGAAAAUGAAUGGGUGCCAAAUUGUGAUGAUGAGUUAAAGCCUAAGAUUGGACAAGUAUUUGAUACAUUAGAAGAAGGUGGAGAAUUUUACAAAAAAUAUGCACAUCAUGUUGAAUUUAGUGUGCGUUCAUCAUCAGAAACUAAAGACAAAAAUGGCGUGAAGCGUUGUAAGUACUUUGUUUUCUCAAAACAAGGUUAUUUUCCAAUGAAGACAAAUGAGAUGGAGCAGAGUGAAUCUAGUAUCAAAGCUAGAAGAAGGAGUCUUACUAGAGAAGGAUGCAAUGCAAAUGUUGUUUUCAAACGAGUGGAAGAAGGUAAAUAUGAGUUAGUUCGAUUUCAUGAGAUUCAUACACACGCUCUUGUUUCACCUAUGAAGAGACCGUUUUUAAGAUCAGCAAGAAAAGUGAAUCCAAUUCACAAGAAUUUAUUACUUGCAUAUAGUAAGGCAAAUAUUGGAACAUAA